AUGUAUAAGAACCAACUGCAAGAGUUGGCUCAAAGAAGCUGCUUCAACCUGCCAUCCUAUUCCUGUAUAAGGGAAGGGCCAGACCAUGCCCCUCGAUUCAAAUCUACGGUCAAUUUCAAUGGAGAGACUUUUGAAAGCCCUACAUUUUGCUCCACUCUGAGGCUAGCAGAGCAUGCUGCAGCUGAGGUAGCUCUGAACACACUAUCAAGGAGGGGCCCUUCCAGAGCAUUAAUUGCUGGAGUUCUGGAUGAAACAGGAGUCUACAAGAAUUUGCUCCAGGAGACUGCUCACCGGGCUGGGUUAAAGCUUCCAGUGUAUACGACGAUUCGAUCGGGACCUGGCCAUGUUCCUGUCUUCUCGUGCACUGUUGAGCUUGCAGGAAUGAGCUUUACUGGAGAAUCGGCUAGGACUAAGAAACAAGCUCAGAAGAACGCAGCCAUGGCCGCUUGGUCUGCUCUAAAAAGAUUGGUUCAACACAGCACAUCAUCUUCCAGUUCAUCAACUUCUUCGCCAGUGGAGUCUAAAAGGAGCAGUGAAGAACAAGAACAAGUUGUUAUUGCUCGUAUUCUUGCAUCUUUACAACCAGCUGAGUUAAAGAACUCCAAGCAAUGUGAUUCCCAGCGAGGCCAGGAGAGAUUCAUCCCUGUCUGCAAAGACUUAACCCCUCCAAUACCAACUUUAUAUCCUGUGCAGUGCCAAAGCUGGGCUUAUCCUAGCUUUUCCCCAGAAAUGGCCAUAUACCAAAUGUGGCAACAAGAAGAAUUUUUUCAGCUGCAAAACCAUCUAUUGGCGUUUCAAGUUCCGCCUGUUUCUCCUGGUCCUCAAAUUCUUCCAUAUGUGCAGUCCAUACUCCCCUCAGAUUCAGUUCUAUUUGGUCCUCUGAGGGAGCAAGAACCUGUACCUGUAGGACCCAGAAUUACAAUUGCCACUUCAAGACCAUUGUACUUGGCAGAUCAUAAUGUCUCUGAUCCAAUCAAGGGAGAAUCCACAGUGACCAUUAGGGAGAUACAUGAGGAGAAACCAGAAGAACCACUACAGUGCUCUACAUCAGUUAUUCCAGAUCCCCCUGUUGUUGGCAACUUCAAUGCCGAACCAAGAUUGAAGGACCCAGUUGGCAUGGAUGACAAACAGAUGAAGGUUGAACUGGAAAGAAAAGUUGAAAAUGUUCAACCAGGAGAUAAUCAAACUAAGCAAUUUGAACGGACUUCCUGCAGCAAUGCAGAUUCUGGGUACAGACCUGCUGACUUCCAAGCACAAAACAUGCAGAGUUUUCACUCUUCUCAGGUUACUCUACAGUAUCCUCAAAGAGCAAGUUCACUCAGGAGUUAUAGACCAGCUCCAUCUGCAGCGCCGCCUGUAAUGAUCAGAUCCGUGAGGCCUGUACCCUCAUCCACAGUACCUCCUGCACUGAACAGCAAUAUGGGACCUCCUUCAGUGCCCAAACGGCAAGAUUUGGCGGCACAAAUUCCUGCACUACCGAGAAUGCGAACUGGAGGUCACUCAUAUCCAGCUGGUCCCUUGCCUCAAAGAAUGAACCUUGGUGGCGUCCGCCCGCGUUUCAUGGCACCAGCUGUUCGUAUAAGAUCAGUUGUGCCAGUCUGUUCGGCUCCUCCAGCAAGGAGAAUGCCAACUUCAAGUCAAGGGGGAGUGUUACCUAAUAGAGAGAUCAAAGAUACAGGGGUAUCAGAAGACGUGUCACAAGCAAGUUCAGAGCUCUGUAAGCUUCGGAUAUGA